AUGGAGCCUGUCUUUGGUCUCUUGAAUGUCUUAAUGGCCAUCAUGAAUUUCUCCAGAGCUAAUGCGACUGCUUGUACUCUGCAAGGAGAGUCUGCAUACCCACAACUAUCAAAGGAUGGUGACAUUGUAGUUGGAGGGAUUUUCCCCUUUCAUAGCAGAUGGGAUAUCAUAGACUUGUCCUACUUGGUGAAGCCAAUACCCUUGAAGUGCAUGAGUCUGGAUUUCAGAGGCUUCCAGUUUUCACAGUCCUUGAUCUUUGCAAUAGAGGAGAUCAACAACAGUUCCUCUUUACUGCCUGGUGUCUCACUGGGCUAUAAGAUAUAUGACACUUGUGGUUCCACAGCAAUGGGGGUUCAGGUGGCUAUGGCACUUGUUAAUGGAAAUGAGAAAUCAGUCUCAAAUGAGGUCUGCACAAAACCAGCCCAGGUACAAGCCAUAAUAGGAGAGACGUAUUCAUCAGUGUCCAUGGCUGUUGCAAAGAGUAUUGGGUCUUUCAGCAUUCCCAUGAUCAGUCACUUUUCCACCUGUGAGUGUCUCAGUGACAAAAGGAAAUAUCCCUCAUUUCUGCGCACUAUUCCCAGUGAUUACCACCAGAUCAGAGCACUGGCUGAAAUGAUCAGGCACCUUGGCUGGACCUGGGUGGGAGCAAUAAGAAGAGACGAUGACUAUGGCAACAGUGGCAUGGCUGCAUUUACUAAAGUUUCAGAGCAGAUGGGCAUAUGCUUAGAAUAUUCACUUCCAUAUUUUAGAACUUACUCACAAGGAAAAGUUAUGAGAAUCAUUGAGCAGAUCAAAAGCUCCACUUCUCGAGUGAUUGUGGGAUUUGUUGACAACUUUGAUUUGCAGAUUUUGCUGGAUGUACUUUUUGAACACAACAUCACUGGAUAUCAGUGGGUGGGAACUGAGGCCUGGAUUUUUGACCCAGAACUGGCCACACUGGACAAGCACAACAUACUGCAAGGAGCCAUAGGGCUGGCAAUCCCAAAGACAGAGGUGGCAGGUCUGAAAGAAUUCAUUCUAGAUAUAAAACCACUAAAAUAUGCAGGCAGUGCCAUUUUUACUAAUUUCUGGGAGGUACUAUUUAAUUGUACAUAUACAGGGUGGAAUGAUACAGUGGAUUCACAAAUGUGCACAGGUGAAGAGAAACUGUCUGAAAUAGAAAACACUUUUACUGACAUGUCCCUUAUGCCAGUUUUCAUUAAUGUGUAUAAAGGGGUUUAUGCUAUCGCCCAUACCUUACAUGACCUUCUAGGCUGUAAAGAAACAUGUCCAACAAAGAAGCAGCCUGAUCCUCUUCCAUUUCUAGAACAGCUGAAAAGAGUGCAUUUUAAAACCAAAGAGGGUGAAGAAGUUUAUUUUGAUAUAAAUGGUGACCCUGCUGCAAGAUAUGACAUCAUAAACUGGCAAACAAGUAAACAACGGCAAAAUGAGUUUGUUACUGUUGGACUGUAUGACUCCACUUUCUCUGUUAACAGUCGAUUAACACUAAACUUGUCUUCUAUUGUGUGGGCAAAAAAUACUAAUAAGGUGCCAGUAUCUGUGUGCAGUGAGAGCUGCCCUCCAGGCACCAGGAAGGCUGUGCAGAAGGGAAGGCCUGUCUGCUGCUUUGACUGCAUACCAUGUGCUGAAGGAGAGAUCAGUAAUAUGACAGAUUCUGUUGAAUGUAAUCAAUGCUACCAAGACUCCUGGUCAAAUCCACAGAGGGAUAAAUGUGUAAAAAAGGAAACUGAAUAUCUGUCUUAUGAGGAAACUAUGGGAAUUUUGCUUAUUGCUUUUUCAAUUUUUGGUGUAUUUCUGUCAUUGGUAAUAUUAAUCAUAUUUUUAAGAUAUAGAAAUACACCAAUAGUGAAAGCCAACAACUCAGAGCUGAGUUUCCUGCUGCUCUUCUCUCUGACUCUUUGUUUCCUCUGUUCACUUACCUUCAUUGGUCAGCCCUCUGAGUGGUCCUGUAUGCUGCGCCACACAGCAUUUGGGAUUGCCUUUGUCCUCUGCAUCUCCUGUGUUCUGGGGAAAACAAUAGUGGUGUUAAUGGCCUUCAGGGCUACACUUCCAGGCAGUAAUGUCAUGAAAUGGUUUGGGCCUCCACAGCAGAGACUCAGUGUUCUUGCUUUCACACUUAUACAAGUCAUUAUCUGUAUGCUUUGGCUAAUAAUUUCCCCUCCUUUCCCCUUCAAAAACCUAAAACGAUACAAAGAAAAGAUUAUUCUAGAAUGUCAUUUAGGGUCAUCCAUAGGUUUCUGGGCUGUGCUGGGUUAUAUUGGGUUCCUUGCAUUUUUGUGUUUUAUUUUGGCUUUUCUAGCACGGAAGCUACCUGAUAACUUUAAUGAAGCCAAAUUCAUCACAUUCAGCAUGCUCAUAUUCUGUGCAGUUUGGAUCACCUUUAUUCCAGCAUAUUUCAGCUCUCCUGGAAAAUUCACUGUAGCUGUGGAGAUAUUUGCCAUUUUGGCCUCCAGUUUUGGUUUGUUAUUUUGUAUAUUUCUUCCAAAGUGUUACAUAAUAAUACUGAAACCAGAGAAAAACACUAAAAAGCAACUAAUGGGUAAAAUUCUGAUUAAUCAGUGGUUGCCUAUCUGUAAAGACGAGUUCUCUCAGCAGGACCAUCCCAGGCAGAAUAACACCCUUGGCACCAUGGGGACAAGGAGUGCUCAACGGAAGACUAAGGAGUCUGCCAAGGGUGUCACUCAAGUAAUGGACAUUGGGGCUCGGGAUCCCAGGGCAUUUUACGUGGACUUAUUAGAUUGCCUUACAACUGGCAAGGCUUGGUCUCUCCCUCCGGCUAUGUUCUCUCCACACGAGAACAAUGGGGAGGGUUCUUUGGAAGAAUUAAUUUUACAAAGCAACUUGUACUUCCAAUACCUCCUCCAGCCAGACCCACCAGUAUUCCUCAAAAUACGUUUUCUGCUACAGUUUUUAGAGGCCGCCAAGCCUGAUCUUGUCCCUGCCUCCGGUGCGAGAGAUGCCGCCAAACCUGAUCCGGUCCCUGCCUCCGGCGCGAGAGACAUCGCCAAACCUGAUCCUGAGCCUUUUCCCAGCACGAGAGACACCGCCCGUCCUGAUCCUGAGCCUGUUCCCGGCGCGAGAGACGCCAUCCUGAUCCUGAUCCUGAGCCUGUUCCCGACCCUGGGGCGAGAGAUGCUGCCUGGACCCCCGGUGACUGCUGCACUCUCGGACCCUUCACUGGUCACCGCAGCCCUGCCCGCGGACCCACCAGUGACUGCUGAGGUCCCGGACAUGCCUCUGGUCACCGGAGCCGCACCCAAGGAUCUCCCGACACCAAAUGCCAUAGCCACACCCCUGGAUUCCCCGCCACCAUACACCGCAGCCACACCCCUGGGCCCAGCUGUUCCUGGAGUAAAAGAAGCCACUCCACAACUCCCCAUGGCUCGUGCCAGACCCGUCCCUGGGGUUUCCACGAUUAACUCUCCGGUGCCUAAGGAGGCUGCAACAGAUGGACUCCCAGAGACACCUAGGACUCCUCUGCUCCAGACUGCUGUGUCCACCCCAGUGACUGUUCCUCCUGUUACCCUAGUUCCUGUGUUGCCUCAUCCUGUUCCUGGUUUUGUCUAUGUUCCUAUUCAUACAUCCGUGCCUUUCCACAGCUAUGCCCCAGACCAGCAGUUCUCUCUCUUCCUCUCGUGUCUCUGCAAUCACAACCAUGUCUUCAGUCCCGCUCCUGUCCCUCCACUUACCAUGACCCCAGUUCCUGCGCAGGGUUUGGUCCUGAGUCUCGUGCGUGCCCUAUAUCUUGUCAAGAACCCUACCCAGAGUCUUGGCCCUGGACCCGUCCCUACUCCUGCAUCUCCUUCUCGCAUUGUCUCUGCCCCUGUGUCUCCUACUUGUGUGGAUAGGUGGAUGGAGCCUGUCUUUACUCUCUUGCAUGUCUUAAUGGCCGUCAUGAAUUUUUCCAGAGCUAACGGGACCGCCUGUACCCCGAGAGGAGAGCCUGCAUACCCACAACUAUCAAAGGAUGGUGAUAUUAUACUUGGAGGGAUUUUCCCAUUUCAUAGCACAUGGGAGAUGAUAGACUUGUCCUUUUUGGUUGCACCACCUCCACUAAAGUGCAUGAGUCUGGAUUUCAGAGCCUUCCAGUUCUCACAGUCCUUGAUCUUUGCAAUAGAGGAGAUCAACAACAGUUCCUCUUUACUGCCUGGUGUCUCACUAGGCUAUAAGAUCUAUGACACAUGUAGUUCCACAGCAAUGGGGGUUCAAGUGGCUAUGGCACUUGUUAAUGGAAAUGAGAAAUCAGUCGCAGAUGAGGUCUGCACAAAGCCAGCCCAGGUACAAGCCAUAAUAGGAGAGACAUACUCAUCGGUGUCCAUGGCUGUUGCAAUGAGUAUUGGACCUUUCAGCAUUCCAUUAAUCAGUCACUAUUCAACUUGUGAGUGUCUCAGUGACAAAAGGAAAUACCCAUCUUUUCUGCGCACUAUUCCCAGUGAUUACCACCAGAGCAGAGCACUGGCAGAAAUGGUCAGGCACUUUGGCUGGACCUGGGUGGGAGCAAUAAGAAGAGACGAUGACUAUGGAAACAGUGGCAUGGCUGCAUUUACUGAAGUUGCAGAGCAGUUGGGCAUAUGCUUAGAAUAUUCACUUCCAUUUUUUAGGACAUAUUCUCAUGGGAAAGUUUUGAGAAUCAUUGAACAGAUCAAAAGCUCCACAUCUCGUGUGAUAGUGGGAUUUGUUGACACCUGGGACUUAGAGAUUUUGCUGGAUGUAUUUUAUGAACACAACAUCACUGGAUAUCAGUGGGUGGGAACUGAGGCCUGGAUCUUUGACCCAGUUCUGGCCACAAUGGACAAGCACAACAUACUGCAAGGAGCCAUAGGGCUGGCAAUCCCUAAGACAGAGGUGACAGGUCUGAAGGACUUCAUUCUAGAUAUAAAACCACUGAAAUAUUCAGGCAGUGCCAUUUUUAUUAAAUUCUGGGAGGCAUUAUUUCAAUGCAGUUAUGCAGUGAAGAAUUAUUCAGAGGACUCGCCAAUAUGCACAGGAGAGGAGAAAUUGUCAGAAAUAGAAAACACUUUUACUGACAUGUCCCUAAUGCCAAUUUUCGGUAAUGUGUAUAAAGGGGUUUAUGCCAUUGCUCAUGCUCUUCAUGACCUUCUCGGUUGCGAAGAAACAUGUCCUACAAAGAAGCAACCUGAUCCUCUCACAUUUCUAGAACAGCUCAAAAUGGUGCAUUUUAAAACCAAAGAUGAUGAAAUUUAUUUUGAUGAAAAUGGUGACCCUGCUGCAAGAUAUGAAAUCAUAAACUGGCAAUCAAGUAAAGAACAGCAACAUGAGUUUGCUACUGUUGGACUUUAUGACUCCACGUUCCCUAUUAACAGUCGAUUAUCACUAAAUAUGUCUGCUGUUGUGUGGGUACAAAAUACUGUUAAGGUACCAAUAUCCAUAUGCAGUGAAAACUGUCUUCCAGGAACCAGGAAGGCUGUGCAGAAAGGAAAGCCUGUCUGUUGUUUUGACUGUAUAUCAUGUGCUGAUGGCGAGAUAAGUAAUAUAACAGAUGCUGUUGAAUGUGAACAAUGCUAUGAAGACUCCUGGUCAAACCCACAAAGGGAUGAAUGUAUAAAGAAGGAAACUGAAUAUCUGUCUUAUGAGGAAACUAUGGGAAUUUUGCUUACUGCUUUUUCAAUUAUUGGUGCAUUUCUGUCACUAGUAAUAUUAAUCAUUUUCUUUAGAUAUAAAAAUACUCCAAUAGUGAAAGCCAACAACUCGGAGCUGAGCUUCCUGCUGCUCUUCUCUCUGACUCUGUGUUUCCUCUGUUCACUUACUUUCAUUGGUCAGCCCUCUGAGUGGUCCUGUAUGCUGCGCCACACAGCGUUUGGGAUCACCUUCGUCCUCUGCAUCUCCUGUGUUCUGGGGAAAACAAUAGUGGUGUUAAUGGCCUUCAGGGCUACACUUCCAGGCAGUAAUGUCAUGAAAUGGUUUGGGCCUCCACAGCAGAGACUCAGUGUUCUUGCUUUCACAUUUAUACAGGUCCUUAUUUGUGUGCUUUGGUUAAUAAUUUCACCUCCUUUCCCCUUUAAAAAUCUAAAACGUUAUAAGGAAAAAAUUAUUCUAGAAUGUCAUUUAGGGUCAUCCAUAGGUUUCUGGGCUGUGCUGGGUUACAUAGGUAUCUUGGCUCUCUUGUGUUUUCUUUUGGCUUUUCUAGCACGGAAGCUACCUGAUAACUUUAAUGAAGCCAAAUUCAUCACGUUCAGCAUGCUCAUAUUCUGUGCAGUUUGGAUCACCUUUAUUCCAGCAUAUUUCAGCUCUCCUGGAAAAUUCACUGUAGCUGUGGAGAUAUUUGCCAUUUUGGCCUCCAGUUUUGGUUUGUUAUUUUGUAUAUUUCUUCCAAAGUGUUACAUAAUAAUACUGAAACCAGAGAAAAACACUAAAAAGCAAAUAAUGGGUAAAAUUCUGAUUAAGUGA